AUGAAUGCUGGAGACACCACGUAUACAGGCCUCAUUUCACAACAUCUUCUUCGCAUUCUUUGGGGGGACAAUCGUUUCCCGCACAACCAAGCGAUUAUCUCCGUUCACGUUGUCCAGUUUGUUUUGGAAAUGCAGGAUUGGCAAAAGGAUCAUGGUUCGCAUCUCCAAAUUGCCAUGUAUGCAUCGAUGCAUGCUUCACACAGAAACGGUCAGACAAUUCCACAUGGGGCCGAUGGCCUAGAUCCGCCAAACCCAACACGAUCAGUUUUCAUUUUGGACGAAGAGGUCGCAUGGAUGGAAGCUCACGUACUUGCCUGUCGAGGCUCCCUACCUGGUCGUGGAACAAAACGCAAGAAGCCGGAAGGCAAUGAAGACGGGUACGAAGAUGGUAUGCGCAUCCCUAACCAACGGCUUUUUGUGCUGAAUGCGCAAGUUCGGCAUCUUGACGGCAAAAAUCUCGAUACAUUUGGCGAGUGGCUGAGUCACAGAUGGACUCGUUGCCAGACAAAGAAGAGCAGUGCAGAACAUGCGCUUCGACAACUCUCUGUAGAUGAAGCUAAUAUACGCCCGGAAUGGAGGGCUCAGGUCGAGCACCAUACGAAACCAUUAUCCAGGAGAUCAAAAACCAACAAUGACGAGCAAAUAUCGAAGAUUUUGACCCUUGAGCGAACACUCAGUAACCUGGACGAUUCUGUUCAUGCUCUUGAGAUGCAGCUCUGUGCUGGCAACACUCUUAACAAUGUUGACUUCAACCUUCGACUUGCAGACGAACGCACCCACCGGUCCAAAGUUGCUGAUACUCUGCGACGAUGGAAGGCAUCCCUUGGCAUUGGGCAACUUAACGAUCUUCAACAACUCCGACGUUGGACCAGGGGUCCCAAGGACAAGAGCCACACACCAAGAGCCUGUCGGCUCUUUCCUUAG